UUUUAAAUAAUAAAUUUUUAGCUUUGGCCAUCAUGCACACUAAUAUUAAUAUUGCCAGUAGAAAAAUAAAUUGAAUAUGGCGAUUACCGGAAGUAAUUUCUUUCUGUCGUUCUUUUGAUAAAUUGACACUCGUGCCGCGUGGAGUUUUGCAUCGCAGCACGAUGGUUGCGACAACACAGAAGAAGGCUGACAAGCCUGCUGAAAAGAAGGCCCCAGCGAAGGGCAAAGAAGGCAGUAAGAAACUGCCUGCUGUACCCGAGUCAGUGCUCAAGCACCGCAAACGCAGGGAUGCACUUAGGGCUCGUCGUUUACAGGUCACACUCAAGAGGCGUACAGCUGCCAUCAAAAAGAAGAAGGAAAUCUUCAAGCGUGCUGAGCAAUAUGUUAAAGAGUAUCGUAUCAGGGAGCGUGACGAAAUCAGGCUGGCCAGACAGGCACGCAACCGUGGUAACUACUAUGUGCCCGGUGAGGCAAAGCUUGCCUUUGUCAUCCGUAUCCGCGGUAUCAACCAGGUCUCACCAAAGGUGCGCAAAGUCCUACAGCUGUUUAGACUGCGUCAGAUCAACAACGCCGUAUUCGUACGACUUAACAAAGCUACGGUGAACAUGCUGCGCAUCGCCGAGCCUUACAUCACCUGGGGAUAUCCUAACCUCAAGAGUGUACGCGAGUUGGUAUACAAACGUGGUUUCGCAAAGGUGAAUGGUCAACGUGUGCCAAUCACAUCCAACAAGAUAAUAGAAGAAAAGCUUGGCAAGAGCAACAUCAUUUGCGUAGAGGAUCUCAUCCACGAGAUCUUCACUGUUGGUGACAAGUUCAAGUAUGCAAGCAACUUCUUAUGGCCAUUCAAGCUAAACAAUCCGACCGGAGGAUGGCGCAAGAAGACUAUCCAUUACGUUGAUGGCGGUGACUUUGGCAACCGUGAGGACAAAAUCAACGAGCUCCUCAGGAGAAUGGUCUAAAUAUAUAUAGAUUAUAAUAAUAA